AAAAGCAAUCAGCCAAUCCAUCCAUUUCCCUUUCUCCCUUGUAUUUUUUUUUUUUUCCUGGGAAAGCUACCACGACAGGAAAAAAGAAGCCUUGGCGAGGAAGCUAGACUUCACCAAAGUCAAGGACCGAAGGGCCAGUUAGAGCAAUAGACAUCGCCGUUGUUCUUGCAUAGCAAAUUCUGUACCUAUUCCACCUUUUUCUUAUUGUUAUCGUCUUCCUCCAUUUCUUCUUGUUUCGAUACUUUGGGACUUGGGUAACCGAGUAUUCUGCUCGCUUCCACAUUCUGGAAAAAAGAGAAAAAAGAAAAAAUCGAAGAUGAGUCGUAGCAAAACAGAAGCGUCAUUAUCAUCGACGACACGUUUGUCAGCAUCUGCCAAACCCUUUACGCUCAAUCGCUGCACCCAACAACCCACUUUGAAACUGCCGGUUCAUUUGAGCCAAGAACCUGCGCUGUACUCGCCCGAUCACCUUGGCACCGACCCUUUUGGUUCUUUGCUUGAUUCAUUUCCUAAAUUCAACUUAGGUGCGAAGGGUAACCCAGUACUUUCUUCUCCUUUGGGUGACUCUGGGUUUGCCCAAGAGGCUGCUGCUGCUGCUACUUUUCCUGCUGAACCUGUUUCUCAGACUCAAGCCAACGGGGAGUCCCUUUCGCAGCAUCCUUUGAUGGAUUUUCAAGGAAAUGAUGACUUUGUUGUGCUUAACGAGUCAGACUUUGAUGUGCUCAACGAGUUUUCAUUGCCCUUGCUCGAAUACUGUUCAAACAUUACUGGUUUAGGCUCUGCCACAUGUGCUGAUUACGAACUCAAUCAUGGGAAGCAAGGAAAGGAUUAUCAUGAGGGUUUGUUAGGCACAGGACAUGAUGGUGGCGAUUCAGCUCCUAAUGGGAGCAUUCGUCUAAAAGGCAAAAUGCUGGGUGGUGCCAAAUCAAGCCCUGUUCUAACAGCAGAUAGUGAUGAUUCUCCAAUCAUAUUUUCAACAUCAGAUAUGUCCUCUGCUGCAAAGUUGAAUAAUGUUUCUCAUAGUCAAGGCCGUCAUACAUCUUCAGGGGUAGCACGGAGUGUUUUUAUUUCAAGUGGAGCUUCAGAUGGACAACACUUCUCAGAUGUUUCUUCUUCUAGAAGCAAUGUUGCUUUUGACUCGAUGAGAAGUCUUCCUGCAGAAAUACAUGGAUCAUCAAGUCAAUGUUCAGUUCUUUUGCCUUUUGAUUCGUCAAGGAAUAUCGAUCUCUUGACAGGUAGUUGGGGUACUGUUGAUGACAAGGGCCUUUCUAGUUCUAUCAUAUCUGGUGUAAAGGACUCUUUUGUCAUAUUAAAAGCUGAUGGGACAGGAACUGAUGAUGGUGACACGGAGAAGCCUAAGAAGAUUGGCAAGUCUCUCUCUUGUGAUGCUAGAGAUUACUCAACAAGUACCACAAAUCAGGUCAUGCUAAAGUCUGAUGGUUGCAAUAGGGGUGUUUGCAUUCAAACUUCCAAAAGUGUAGGUGAUAGUGACUCUGAUUUGGAUUCUCCUUGUUGGAAGGAAAAUUGACUUCUUCUCA